AUGACGAGUCGGAGCAAUUUACUUGACAUUACGUCGCAACUCGUCCCUGUGCUACCUCAUGAUUCGAUCAUCAGUAUUGAAAACGAGUCCACCAAAACGGACAUCCGGACGCUUAUCCGAGAGCGACUGCAAGGGAACAGCGGUUUCUUGAGGUGGCAAACCCCCGAGGAGAAGCCAUAUCUGCAACAUAUCGAGGAGACGCUUUUGGAAAGAUCCAAUAUCAUGUUCCGCUGGACUGAUCUUCAGCUCAACAAGUUGGAGAGACUGGAUAGCAAACACAGCAUAAACAAGGCGCUUGAAAGUCUUCCCGAGGGUCUAGAUGAAGUAUAUGCCCGAAGUCUUAACGAGGUGCAGGCCGAGCACAGAGAGGAUGCGAUUUUACUACUGCAACUCUUGUUGUACUCACAGAAGCCUCUAUUGGUCAGCGAGGCUAUACUCGCCAUGACUGUCGAUCCCAAUGGGCCAGCGGGAAGGUGCAUUGACCUUGAUAAGAUGAUGUCAGAGGAUAUGAAACCGUUAUUACCUCUGAUAUCGAACCUGGUGAGGAUCGUUCAAAUCUAUACGCCUGGUCCGAAGCACGUCGAGAUCGCACAUGCAUCCGUCAAGGAUUUUCUGAUUUCACCCUGUAACAAACACUGGCAGCAAAGAUUCCAGGAAACCUCUGCAAGGGCAGAUAUCCUGCGCAACUCUCUGGCAUAUCUUGGAACAAUUGGAGUAACGCACGAGAAGCCUGAAAAAAGUCUCUUCGAAUACAUGAACCAGCACUUCUUCCCCCAUGUGAAAUUCACAGCAGUACAGAAAGAGGCCCAUGAACAAAUCAUUAAGUUCUUCAGCUUGAAUGGCUUCAAAAUCCAAGGGAACAUUGUUUCGAUGUCCGCCGACAAACGCUUUGCAGGCCCUCCUCUAUACGUCUCUUCUGCCUUAGGUCUCACGUGGACUGUCGGGCAGUUGUUGAAGAAUGGAAUUGAUGCAAAUGAGGAAGGGGGCAAUUCCAUACUUACCGAAGCCCCGGCCGCACCAUACUACAAGGAGCUUAUCACCAAAUACGUGUCCGAGGAUCUCGAAGUACUCGGCGUCUAUCCGAAAAUCGAUGCAAAACUCGGGAAUGCUCUGUGUGCAGCUUGUAAUAGAUGCCACGAGGACGUCGUCCGGCUAUUACUUGACAAUGGGGCUAAAGUCAAAAUGGCGCUCGAUCUCGAUGAUGAUUUCCUUCGACACGCGUACUAUCAAGAUUCCCUCGGAAUUGUCAAGAUCGUUCUUGAGCGAUGGCCUGACGGCAAUGUCAAGGGUCGACACUUGGGUCACGUAUUGAUAACAGCAUGUCGACAUCGUCUAAGAAACCCAGAGUUGAUCCGUGUACUCCUUGACAAUCAGACUGAUGUCAACAUGUAUGACUGCCAUUAUGGAGCCGCUCUUCACGCGGCAAGCUUUGAAGGUCAAGACGCUACCGUCCGGAUGCUCAUAGACGCCGGUGCUGAUGUCAACGCUAAAGUACCGGAACGGGAUCAGGAGACUGCUCUACAAGCAGCAUGCAUUGGCAACCACAAGGAAAUAGCCGAAGUUUUGCUUCAGAAUGGUGCGGAUCCGAAUAUUCAGGAUGGUUAUCAUGGAAAUGCGCUUACAUGGGCGGCAUUCAAGAACAAUAAGGGAGUAAUUAGAUUGUUGCUCGACUAUGGAGCGAAUCCGGAUUUAGUUGGAGAUAAACACCGAGAAGCUGUGGAAGAGGUUAUGAGGGGAAUGGAAAACGAGAAGAAGAACAACGCGGCGCUCAGGGAUACCUCUGUAGGGUGA